AUGGCCCGAUAUUCUCGCGUUUCGGAUACUGUUGGCUUGAUUACGCUCCAAAACCCUCCUGUAAAUGCAUUAAGUGCAGCUGUACGUCAGGGCAUUGUGGACACUGUUAAGACAGCCCUCGACGAUGUUGAGGUGAACUCUGUUGUCAUAUGUGGACAGAAUGGAGUGUUUUGUGGGGGAGCAGACAUCAGAGAAUUUGGUACUCCCAUGACCGGACCUCCACUGGUGCCAAUGAUCCACGCUAUAGAAGCUGCCAACAAGCCGGUGGUGGCGGCCAUAGAGGGAAUUGCUCUGGGUGGAGGCCUGGAGUUGGCGCUUGGCUGUCACUAUCGAAUAGCACACUCUAAAGCCAAAGUGGGGCUUCCCGAGGUGACUCUGGGUCUGCUACCUGCUGCGGGUGGAUCCCAACGUUUGCCCAGGUUGACUGGACUACCGGCAGCUUUAGAUCUCAUCACCACUGGCCGUCACGUCACCGCCGUUGAAGCAUUGAAACUCUCUAUAGUGGAUCAUCUUACUGAUCACAACACUGUGGACGCAGCUGUCAAGUUUGCCAAGAGCGUUGCAGAACAGUCUCUGGAUGCCCGGCGCAUCAGCACCCGGCCAUGCCCUUGCCCCCCCGAUUUGGAUGCCCUAUUUGAGGCAGCGAUGCAGAAGGUGCGCCAGAGCGCCCGUGGAGCCAUAGCGCCAGUGGCUUGCGUCCAGGCGCUGCAGGCAGCCGCCACUCUGCCCUACGCCCGAGGCAUGGAGCGAGAAAAGGAGCUGAUGGCCACGUUGUUCACCUCUGGCCAGGCUCGAGCACUGCAGUACAGUUUCUUUGCACAGAGAGCUGUAGCCAGGUGGAGCAUCCCCAGUGGAGCACGCUGGGAUGGCAGCAAGCCCAGGCCCGUUCUCAAAACAGCGGUCAUCGGUCUUGGUACAAUGGGGAGAGGAAUAACAGUCUCCCUUGCUCAGGCGGGUUUGUCUGUGGUUGCCGUGGAAGCUCAGGAGAAGCCACUGAGGGAAGCAAAGCAGGCCAUAUCAGGUAUGCUACAGCGGGGGGCACAAAGACGAGGGGUAGCCUCAGCGCUUGACCGAAUCACCUACAGCCAAAAGCUCCAGGCACUGGCGGAUGUCGACUUGGUCAUCGAGGCUGUGUUUGAAGAUUUGGAGCUGAAAAAGCAGCUCUUCCAGCAGCUGUCUGCUGUUUGUAAACCUGGAGCGUUCUUAUGCACCAACACGUCCACGUUAGACAUCGACGUCCUGGCAUCACAGAGCCGCCAUCCAGAGCUGGUGGUCGGGAUGCAUUUCUUUGCCCCGGCGCACGUUAUGAAGCUGUUGGAGGUGGUGUACGGGUCGCGCUCCUCUCUCGAAACUGUGGCCACGGCUAUGAAUCUGGGAAAGAAACUGGGUAAAGUUAGCGUGGCUGUCGGGAACUGCCGCGGGUUUGUGGGGAACCGCAUGCUGAAGCCAUAUAUGGAACAAGGCUUGUUCUUGCUGGAAGAAGGAGCCACGCCUCAGUUGGUGGAUAGCGUGUUGGAGGAGUUUGGCUUCGCCAUGGGGCUCUUUAGAAUGUCUGACCUCUCAGGGAUAGAUGUGGGUUGGAGGGUCAGGAAGGCGGAAGGCCUGGUACAGCCCGGCACGUCAACCAGAGUCCGGAAUGGUCGCAGGUACAGUCCCCUUGGAGAUCUUCUCUACGAACAAGGGCGGUUUGGACAGAAAACAGGCUGUGGAUGGUAUCGUUAUGACAACAGUCGUGAAGCCAGGCCAGACUCGUGGUUGUACAGCUUUCUGGAGGAGUAUCGAGCCAGACAUCACCUGGCGGUACGCCGCAUAGAUGGCCAGGAGGUGCUGGAGCGCUGCCUGUAUACCCUCAUCAACGAGGGCUUCCGAAUCCUGGAAGAAGGAAUAGCGGCCGGACCCGAAGAUGUCGACGUCAUCUAUGUCUUCGGCUACGGUUGGCCCAAGCAUCGUGGCGGGCCCAUGUUCUAUGCGAGUAUGGUAGGGCUGACCAAGAUUUUGGAGAGGCUGGAGCACUAUCAGCAGGCUCACCCCGAUGUGCCUUACCUGCAGCCUUGCGUUCUGCUUCGUCGGCUGGUGGACAGUGGCAGCCCACCUGUCCAUAAGUGGAGGGAAAUCAUACAAAAAACUUGCAGCCACUUGUAA